GCGACGCGACGCGCUUCGCGACAGUUUCGCGACGCCGGGCGCCGUAAAGCAGCGCGGCCAUAGCCGGCGGCGCGAUGGAGGCGUUCAAUGUGGACACGGGCGAGGCCGUGUACCGCUCCAGCGACCCCGUGAAGAACUUCAAACUCCGGAUUCGGCUGAGCAAAGUGACGUCUGCCUCCGGGCUGGCCAAGCACGUGCGAGAUGAGGAGCUGGCAAGGGGCGCAGGGGGAGAUGGCAUCAUGGAGAUGCAGAGCCUGGCGGCACGUGCUCCCGGUGGGGUCACUGGAAUGAAGUCGGAUGAUGAGGAGGAAGUGGUUACGGUGAGCCUACAAGAGAAGCUCUUCAGCCAGCACGAGUACGAUUUGUAUAUCAACGAUGCAAGCUGCCUGAGCCCCCUGGAUCGGCAGUACCACUUAGAGAUUCUGAAGCUGGAGAAAGCGGGCGGCCGCAAAAACAAACGCAUCUUCACCUACACCGACUCCGAUCGCUUCACCAACAUACAGGAGCAAACGGGCGGCUAUGGGGUUGGAGAAUCCUCAUUCCUGAGUGAGAGAAUGGCCAUGGUCCGAAAGAGACGGCAGGACAGACGCUACAUGGAAGGCCUGAUCCCAAAGUCGCAGAUUAUCACGUGGGAGCCAACAGAUGACUUCAAGCGCCACAACCACGUCAUCAGCACCCCAGUGCAAACCAUGUACAUCAUGGCAGACCUCGGGCCACAUGGCAGGUUGGGGCAGGAGGAAAAUGAGGUUGUUCUGUGUACAGUGAAAGUGGUUGGAAAUGGGGUCAUAACCAUCAAGCCUGACUUCAGUGGCUGCAAGGGCCCUUACAGGAUCGAGGUGGACGCGGAGAGGAGGGAAGUAUGGAAGUACACGCUGGACCAUGCCUCCAACCCCAUCCGGCCCAACGAGCGCGAGCGGGAGCAGCGCAUGUAUCGCGACCUGUACACUCGGCACACAGAGUAUCUGACCAGUCUGGUGGGCAGCGAGUUUGAGAUGCCACCGCCCGGGAUACUGAGGCUGGUUGUCAAUGGGGAAAUUGUGUCCGCAAAAGACUUUGAAUACGACAACCUCUCCGUACGCAUGUUCGUGGAAAUGCCCACAAACUGGUCAAGCAACCCGAAUGAGCAACUGUUCUGGGUGACUCAUACUUGCGCAACCAAAUCAAAGAACAAGAACAAUGUGGCCCAUUUCUCCUUCCCAUUCAGCUUUGAAGCCUUCUUCAAGAAGGAAGAUGAGAGUGAUGUCUCCCUGCCUCAUUGGCCGACCCUGUACAUGGAGGUCGUCUCCGUGGACUUUUGGCACCGGUACCGCACGGAAGGCUACAGCUACCUGCUGAUACCCAGCAUGCCUGGCUACAGCGAGGUCGUGUGCCAGGCGUGGCGCCCAGUCCAGCCCGGACUUACAUCUGAGUUGAGGAGGUUUUUCAUCGGCGGGUUCAAUGAACUUGAGGAUCCCACCUAUGUGGCGAUCCCCUCUACUUUUCAGGGAGACAAGCUGAGCAGGUAUGGCUUCAAGACUGAGACCACGGGUAGCAUCACUGUAAAGCUGCACUGCAUACAGCAGUCCAGGGCAUUUCAGGACACGAACAACUCAAAGCAGAGGAUGUGGAGUGUGCUGGAUCAGCUGGGUGGCUACAGCCAGCAAAGUGCCAUUCACAACGUGCUGGAAGCAUUCCAGCGCGCACGACAGCGGAUGCAGGCCUCUCGCGAUACGCUGCCCACCAACCUCAUCACGAACCUACAAGCAAUGACGACUGCAGACAGCACCACCUAGUCUCAGCCAUAGUUAUCAGCGUGUAAUGAUGCAUCAAUUGAUGAUUCUUAAUCUUAUGAUGAAUGCAUCGAAUUAUGCACAUGCAUGAGAAUCGAUGUUUGUCGACAUAUAUGUUGCUGUAUGUAGUAGCUUUACGUUUGCUCCAUCAGCCACUAAAAGCGCUAUGAUUCACCUGCAAUACAAAUAAUAACAUGUUCGCAUUGUUUUUAGUCUUGAUUGGUAUUUUCAUUAUUUGUCUAUUUUGUACAGUUUUGUUCUUCAUUGGCCUCAAUAUAUUGUAGACAUAAUUGUAAUACAUUUGCAUAAAUAGGAAAUAAUACAUUCUAACAGACAUUUUGAUUGAUUGGAAGUAUAUAAAUUAACUCUUAAUUACGUGCCGAACAAUAACGCAGUCACCUUCAAUACCUGCCACGGGCACUUCUUCAACAUAUUUUCCACAAUCGUGUUCUGGAAAAUACAAGCCUCCCAUUGAGCGGGAGGGAAAGAACGCCGCGGAUGAAUUACACCGGUGCAAGAUUCAACUGUCCACUUGGUUUGGCGAGUUUCCAGUACGGAAAUUAAAGGAAAAACACAAUCUGUUCCGGAUCUGUCUUCACUGGCAUUGGAUUGACGCUGAGCAUGUGUAGGUGAAGUCUCAUUUAGAAAUGACUGCUAAGCUAAAGUAUGCAUUGUUAGUUAUUCCAGAGACAUUGCCUGCCUUUUAGUGUAACGCACUAACUCGUAACUUUGCGUCCAUUAACAGCUGCUUAUAUUAGAGCGGAGUGUGAAAGGUUUUAAUUAUCAUUCCACUGAGCCUUGUCUUUAGUAAUGUCCAUUAACACAUGGACUCGAUAUCAGUUGACAUGUAAUUUACAAGGGUUUGUCAAUGUAAUGCUGGAUGUAGGGUUCCCCAUACUGUGUUGAUCUUGGGGGUUUUGUGACCAUACUUCACCAUGCUGUUCAGUGUGGAUUGGUGAAGUCGGCAAGGGGACCCAGCGACCAGUUCAGAUAUAACUUGCCACUGACAUCCGUGGCCAGGAGUUUAGCAAAAAUCACUACACCAAAUGCAACUUAUUUUAGUUUGACAUGUAUUUUUUAUUCUUGAUAUUUCAGAAAUAGACUGCAUAUGUUUUUAUUUGUAAAGAAUAAAGCAAUUUCUUACGACA